CAUUGCUGCCAACCUCUACCAGCAAUUCUCAGAACCUCGCUAUUGUCUGUCUGAGUAAUCAGCAAUCUCAAUAAUUACAUCUACAGAAAGGAGCUCUUCUUCCAAUCUACGCAGAACAUCAACCUAACGAUGCACCCCCCGUCUCCCCAACUUCUCCGCGCCUUGCGCACCUCCAUCUCAGCCAACCCCAGCGCCACCAUUACCUGUACGCGACUGGCAUCUCGCUCUAUCUCCCCCUUCCCUCGAGUCGCCCCUCUUCUCGCGCUCCAGCGCAACAACAGCAACCAUGCACGCCCGACCCGGAUGAUCCCUCGCGCUCACACCGCAAAGCCCUCGAACCGCGACCGCGGCCCGCCGUCCAAGGAAGACACUCAGACGGACUUUGCUGCGCUCAACGUGCUCGGGAACAUCCCUACCCCGACGACCGCGAUCGACGCCACUCUUGACACGGGGUUCCAUCUGAACAACGGCGUCAAGAUCACCGGCGGUGAUGGGGUGUUGCUUGUUGGUGGCGAGGCUUUUGCCUGGCGGCCGUGGCACGGUGUCGAAGGGGGUAAAGACAGUAUGGUGAAUAAGAAGGGCCAGUUUGAGGUGGGCGAGCAGGCGUGGGGUGUUUUGGAUUUGGUCUGGCCUCGUCCGGACAUGCUCAUCAUCGGGAUGGGAGAAACGGUGUUUCCUCUGUCUCCGGAGACGAAGAGGUAUAUCAAUUCCUUGGGCGUGCGGGUGGAAAUGCUGGAUACCAGAAAUGCCGCUGCGCAGUUCAAUCUGCUUGCUACCGAGAGAGGCGUGUCGGAGAUUGCUGCGGCCAUGAUCCCGAUCGGGUGGAAGGGAAGGUAAAUCGAUCGAUGAGGCGAUGUGGUACCUGAAGCAUAAGGGGUAUGCGGUGGCUGGGACUAGUUCGACUGUUGUGGCGCUUGAGGGAGCUGUGGCCACGUCGGACGACCUACGAAUAAUCUCCUCUUUGGAUGGGCAAUCCUUCAUGUAUAUGAUGUACUAUAUAAUAGAUGGAAUAGGUUAC